CACCGUUCUUCUACCGCUGACAUGCUCCCGCCCUUGGCCAGGUUGUUUGCUUGCCUUGCUACUAAGUGCUGAUGCCAUUAUGGAGCCCACCCGCAUCAUGGGAGCACGAGGGGCAAGCAAUCAUGCCACUAGCUGUGGCAGGCGAGCAGGCCGGAGGCAUGUUCGAGAAGAGCAGGAAAAAAAGAUUUGUCGUCGCCGCUUGAGCCCAGAGGCUCGACCCUUUUUUCACCAGUCUCCUUCUGAUUGACUAGUAUAUAACUGCUCGCCUACCCCUCCAUCGCAUUCUUGCGCAAUCGCAGUCUUGUCCUCACGCUUGCCCUCUACCGAUUGUACUGAUUUGCAACACUACACACAAACACCAUCAGAGAAAAUGGGAUCCACCGACCGCCCCGAACCCCUUCGCCUGGGCUCAAUUGCCCCCAAUUUCCAAGCCCAGACCACCAAAGGCCCCAUUGAUUUCCACGAGUUCAUCGGCAACAACUGGGUCAUCCUCUUCUCGCACCCGGAAGACUUCACCCCCGUCUGCACGACCGAGUUGGGAGCCUUUGCCAAAUUGGAGCCAGAGUUCACAAGAAGAGGCGUCAAAUUGAUUGGGCUUUCGGCCAACACCAUUGACAGUCACGGAGAGUGGAUCAAGGACAUCAACGAGAUCAGCGGCAGCAAUCUGAACUUCCCCAUCAUUGGGGACAAGAACAGACAGAUCGCGCUUCUCUAUGACAUGAUUGAUCAUCAGGAUGCUACAAACGUGGAUGAAAAGGGCAUUGCCUUCACCAUCCGAUCCGUCUUCGUCAUUGACCCGAAGAAGGUCAUCCGCACCAUCCUGUCCUAUCCUGCCUCGACCGGUCGCAACACGGCCGAAGUUCUGCGAAUCGUCGACUCGCUACAGACGGGCGACAAGUUCAAGGUCACCACCCCGAUCAACUGGGUGCCCGGCGACGACGUGAUUGUCCACCCUAGCGUCAAGACCGAGCAGGCGAAGGACAUCUUCCCAGAAAUGAAAAUCAUCAAGCCAUACCUCCGAACCACCCCUCUGCCCAAGGACAAGACCAGUGCUGCUUAGGCGGAUGGAAGCAGGAACCGUGGAAGUUAAAUUUGAUACCACCGAGUACGUAGCGGCGUUGAGAAACGCCCAUGAAGAAGAACCGGAAUUGGACUCCGUAUACAAAAUGAAAGCCCGUUUCAUGACAUGUCCACGAGCGAAAUUGUAGAGAAGUUUAUUUGAAAUUGUGUGCGGCGCGUCCUGUCUGUUGUUCUUAUUGAGGUACCACUGAU